AUUCCAGCAGGAAGAGUUUAGUUGAGGGACCAGCCCGCGUGCGAAAGUUUUCUCGCUUCCUGAUUGGUGGAAAGGCGGCUGUGAGGGAGGGGCAAAGUUUGGGCUAAUUAGCAUGAAUCAGCAGCCUCAUAAAUGCCCCGGCAGCUUCACCUGGGGCCCCGGUGAGUUUCAGACCCCCAGAGGGAGCGGCGGUUCUUCGGGCUCCGGGUGGGAACAGAACUUCUUCAACCAAGUCCCGCCACUCUCCGCGCGCGCGCUCGGCCUUCAACCCUCUCCCUCCUCCUCGGUCCAGUCGCUCCUCCGAGUUUUCGUCUGCUCUCUCAGAACUCCCGGUCACUCAUGAGGCUGGAGGCCGCUGCCAGGAUGGACCUGUUCCGGAAGCUGUGGAGGGCGCGGAAGCUGAUCCUGGUGGUGUUAAUCCCGCUGUCCCUGCUGCCGCUGCCGCUCAUCCACCCCACCAGCGAAGCAUGCUGUGCCUAUGUCUUGAUGGUGACGGCGGUCUACUGGGUGUCCGAGGCCGUUCCUCUGGGGGCAGCCGCUCUGGUUCCAGCCUUCCUCUACCCUCUCUUUGGCGUGCUGAAGUCCAGUGAGGUGGCAGCAGAGUACUGCAAGGACACCACUCUGCUGCUGAUGGGAGUCAUCUGCCUGGCCGCCUCCAUAGAGAAGUGGAACCUGCACAAACGCAUCGCUCUGCGCAUGGUGAUGAUCGCAGGAGCAAAGCCGGGCAUGCUGGUGCUGGGCUUCAUGUGCUGCACCGUAUUCCUGUCCAUGUGGCUCAGCAACACAUCCACCACCGCCAUGGUGAUGCCCAUAGCAGAGGCUGUCCUCCAGCAGCUGAUCUGCACCGGUCUGGCCGACGGCCACGAGGACUCUGAAACCAUGGACGCCCCAGAGGAGGACAGCGCUGUUUCAAGCAAAGAGGAGAACAUGGACAAGAACCAGCUGGAGCUGUUCUAUCAAAAUGACAAGAACACCUGCAGUAAAGAGGAGCUUCGUUCACUCAGUGAGAGUCAGACUUGUGAGGUGAACGGUUUCGGCCUGCAGCCAGUUCCCAACCAGACGUUUGUGCGACAAACCAACGGUCACCUGCCGCAGGUUGCGGUUGAGAUCCCAAAUGUGAAGCGGGUCAAAGCCAGGAGGGACUCUCAGUACCCCACCAAGAGGGAUCACAUGAUCUGUAAGUGCCUGUCGCUGAGCAUCACGUACGCCGCUACCAUCGGAGGCCUCAUCACCAUCACCGGCACCUCGACCAACCUCAUCUUUGCUGAGCAGUUUAACACUCGAUACCCAGAAGCAAAAGUGAUCAACUUUGGGACGUGGUUCAUCUUCAGCUUCCCCAUCGCCAUCAUCAUGCUGGUGCUCACCUGGCUGUGGCUGCACUUCCUCUUCCUGGGCUGCAACUUCAGAGAAACCUGCUCGCUGAGUAAGAAACGCAAAACCCGGAGGGAGAUGAUGUCAGAGAGGAGGAUCCACGAGGAGUACGAGAAACUGGGUCCUAUCAGCUACCCGGAGGUGGUAACAGGGAUUUUCUUCAUCCUGAUGACUCUGCUGUGGUUCACCCGGGAGCCCGGCUUUGUUCCUGGAUGGACGUCUCUCUUUGAAAAGAAAGGCUACAGGACUGACGCCACAGUGUCCGUGCUGCUGGGCUUCCUGCUCUUCCUCAUUCCCGCCAGGCGACCCUUCUCUUCCUCCAGCUGCAGAAAUCCAGACGACUCGGAUCCACUGGCUCCCAUGAUCACCUGGAAGGACUUCCAGAGACUGAUGCCGUGGGAGAUCGUCAUCCUGGUGGGAGGAGGCUAUGCGCUUGCAGCCGGCUGCAAGGUGUCGGGCCUGUCCAUGUGGAUUGGCAGACAGCUGGAGCCCAUGAGCGGCCUCCCCCCCUGGGCCGUCACCCUGCUGGCCUGCCUGCUGGUGUCGGCGGUCACUGAGUUCGCCUCCAACCCGGCGACUCUCACCGUCUUCCUGCCCAUCCUGUCUGCACUGUCGGAGACUCUUCUCAUCAACCCGCUCCACACUCUGAUCCCGUCCACCAUGUGCGUGUCGUUCGGGGUCAUGCUCCCUGUGGGGAACCCCCCCAACGCUAUUGUCUUCAGCUACGGCCACGUGAAGAUCAGCGUGGUGAUGUUGGCCAUCACUACUUGGGGAGUUCCCCUCUUCAACCUGACUGAGUUUCCUGUUUGGGCCAUGGCCCGCAAUGUCACCGGGAGCUUAUAACCAUCCGUGAUUCUGGGGGGGAAUGAGGAGAAGAUGCUCCGCCUCCAGAUGAGACUGAAGAGAGACGGGAAGUUUAAACUGUUGCUCAGCGACGCUGGAGGAACCUCAAGCACGUUUUUAAACCCUCACAGGCUUUAAUCUCAAUGAAUCAUCAGUGUUUUUUCUUUUUUUGUGAGAAAUCUCCACCAGAAUCAGACUUUCCUGUUCCUGGUUUCACUUUUCACCAGAUCAUCAGAGGAAGAGAAAAUCUCAACCUGGAGCUUCAGUGACUUUUUUUGUCUCUUUUUAUACCAAAGUUUGCAGCAGAUUUGAUGCAGUCAAACUUUUCUCUAGCAGAGAAGAACUACGAGGCCAAAUGAGGAUAAGAUUUAACCCUUUAAGACCUGAGGCGUCACCAGUGACGCUUAAACACUAAAUCUUUUACAUACUGGAACUUUUUCAUUGUUAACAUAAUUCCAGUAGUGUUGUGUCCCCACCUGUGUUUGCCCACAUUAGCUUAGGUGGGCACUCUGUGGGUGGGCUCGCUACGCUAGUCAGCCUCCUGGUGGACGGCAUAGCAUGCCAGCAAGCUGCACUGUAUCAAGCUAGCGAAAUCUGCUGUAGCGAGCUAGUGAGCUCUGCUAUAGCAAACUCUGUUGUAGCGAGCUAACAAAGUCUACUGUAGCAAGCUAGCAAGUUUUGCUGCAGCGAGCUCCAGUAUAUCGAGCUAGCAAGCUCCGCUGUAUCAAACUACCAACCUCCACUGCAGCAAGAUCCACUGUAGCAAGCUAGCGAGCUCCGGUGUAUCAAGCUAUCAAGCUAGCGUCCUCCACUGCAGCGAGCUCUGCUGUAGCAAGCUAGCGACCUUUCUUGUAGCGAGCUUAGCUCUAGCAAGCUAUUAAGCUACUUGUUUAUCAAGCUAGCGACCUCUGCUGUAGCGUGCUCCACUGUAGCGACCUUCGCUGUAUCAACCUAGCAAGCUCCACUGUAGCGGCUCAGCGAGCUCCGUGGUCCACCAGGUGGCUGGCUAGCAUAGCGAGUCAACCACCUGAGUUCCCACCUGAGCUGGCUGGGACAUUUUGUAAACUUGAAGAAAAUAUUGAAAAAUUAAAAAGUAAAAUUGUUUAUUUAAAUAUAUGUGAACUUAGAAAAAUGACAGAAGAUUGGAAGAAGAAAAAAAAGACUAUAAACCUACAACUGUUACCAAAUAAAGAUAAAUGUGUUUUCAAUUUUUGUAUUAUUUUUAUGUCUGUCUCAUCUUCACUUUCAUUUUACAGUUUCAAGUCAGAAUUUUGUUUUCGGAAUUGUUUCUAAUAUUCUGUAGGGCUGGGGCUUUGAAGCCUAUUGGCUACUGAGACAUCAGGUGACAGAGGUUGUGGUGAUGUCAUCAUUGUGAUUGGGGGCAACUCUGAAAACCAAAAGUCUGAACUGAAGCGGUAAAUUAAGGGGUGAAAGUGAAGGAGAAAAACUAAAAAA